AUGAAUCCGCAAGCGCCGAAUUCACAGGUGAGCACCUUUUUAAACGAUAUAUCGUUCGAUUUCGGUGCUGCUGACGCGCGAGGAAAUCUCGACGCGUCGCAACACGGGAGGAGACAGAGUCAAAGACUCAAUACUAAUUUAAAUAAGAGGCGCAGAACCGAUAAUGAAAGUUACGGAACGCGUAGUUUUGAUAUAUUCCCGCUCAUUGAGCAAAUCAACAAAUCGGUGACCCAAAUUGUUGAAAAGAGGGAACAAGGGAAUGAUAAUACCCUCAAAGAGAUGGCUAACUCUCUUAAAGAGAUAACCAACUCUCUCACCGUGAUGGAUAAAUCCCACCGCGAGAGAGUCGACAGACUUGAGCAGGAAUUGAGGGAAAUAAAGGAGCAAAGGGCAACCCCCAGCCACUUACCAGCAGUACCCUCAUACGACCAAAAGGCAGCGCAAGGACCCCAAAUGGUACCGUCGAAGAAAGCGAUUACGCUCACACUCCACCAAACCGACCCUACCAAACCU